AAAAAAAAUGUGGAACAAUUAUUAUUUGUUACAACUUACAUAUUAAUAUGUAUUUUGUUCAUUUUGUAGAAUUAAAAAAUCUUUAAACAAUCAUACCGAGUUAUAAUUCGGUGUACAAUUCUUAGUUGUAAAAUAUUUUGAAAUAGUUUAAGAUGUUUUUAAAACUAAUUCGAUUAAAUACAGCUCGAAUGUGUUUUCAAGCACCAAACAAUACAUAUGCGACUGUCGGUAUUAUGUCUUUGGGAAAAUCAAAGAAAAAACUAGGAAAAGGAGGUCCUGUUUCAGAAAAAACCGAACUUCCAGUUGAAACGGAUGCUAACAAAUUAGUAAAAUAUGUGUGUGGUAGUAAUAUUCUUAAAGAAGGAGGUGAAGACGUUGAACUUAAACCAGAUUCAGAGUACCCUGAAUGGCUUUGGGAACUUAAUACAUCUGGACCCAUACCAUUUGAACAAUUGGAUCCUAAUACAAAGCAAUAUUGGAUUAGAGUGAGAACAAUGGCAAUGAGAAGAAAUAAUUUACUAAAUAAGUUAAAAAAAUUUUAAUAAAGUGUAUAGAUUGUAAGUAGUAUUUAUAAAAUAUAUUAAUUUUUUAAAGUGAUGAUUGCAAAAAAAUUUAUCAUUAAAUUAAUGAAUGAUUAUUAUGUAAAAUAAAUAUUUUAUUAAAAAAGUUAUAAAUA